CCAAAAUCAAUGGACGUCUUCAAGUUCUGCAUCGGCUUUACCCUCUCCCUUUUUUUCGCCAUUAUAUAGAGGAUUAUUUCCAUCCCUUUGCCUUGUGCAAUAAUAAACCAAGUAUUUCUUGUUUCUUCUUUCCAAUUUUCCUUAGUAGAAUCAAAAGCUGAGAGGUUGCAAAAAUGGCUUCCAAGAGAAUAUUGAAGGAGCUCAAAGACUUGCAGAGAGACCCACCAACUUCUUGCAGUGCAGGUCCUGUUGCAGAGGAUAUGUUCCAUUGGCAAGCAACCAUUAUUGGUCCUAGUGAUAGUCCCUAUUCUGGUGGAGUUUUUCUUGUUACCAUUCAUUUUCCUCCUGAUUACCCAUUCAAACCUCCUAAAGUUGCUUUUAGGACAAAGGUGUUUCAUCCUAACAUAAACAGUAAUGGCAACAUAUGCUUGGAUAUCCUCAAGGAACAAUGGAGUCCUGCCCUCACGAUUUCAAAGGUUUUGCUCUCAAUAUGCUCUCUAUUAACUGACCCAAACCCAGAUGAUCCAUUGGUUCCUGAGAUUGCUCAUAUGUGCAAGACUGACAAACUCAGAUAUGAAUCCACUGCUAGGAGCUGGACCCAUAAAUAUGCCAUGGGUUAAAAUUAAAAUUUAAAUAAUAAUAAUUAAAAAAAAAAAAAAAAAAAAAAAAAAAAAAACCCUCAAUCUUAUAAAUUACUAAUUAAAUUAAAACACAACAAAAAAUCCAAUUUUUCUAUAACUUAAUGUAUUGAUUUAAUCCUUUUCCCUUAGUCUACUCCUCAUCACUCUUCUUUUUCAUUUUCUCUUAGCAAAAUAUGUAUUGAUAGGCCCUAAUAAAACUUGGGCUAAUCUCUUGGCAUCAUAUUCAAAACACCUAUACAUUUGCUUGGAAUUUAUAAUAAUAUUAAUGAUAAUAAUUAUAUAACAAAUAUAUUUCUGGGA